AGUUAUCAAAUUUUGUUUUGCAAUUUUUCUAAUUUAUAAUACUGUAACUAAUAUAUAAAAACUACUGUUGUUUAUAACUUUUAAGCUCAUAUAUUCUAUUAUUUUGAGAAUUUUACUUCAUUAACAGUAUAAGAAAACUUGGUGUAAUAGUUACAGAUAUCUACUGAUUACAUUAGUACCUUUGAGAUCUACGUAAUUACUUUUUAUGACACAUUAUCCUUCGCUUCCAGAAACCUUGAUGAAUAUGAAUACUUAUUUAAAAAAAUAACAAUGAGCCCACAGAAAAAAAAAAUUAAACUAAGUUCUCAAUCAACACCAACUGCAAGUACAAGUAAACGAGUUAGUGAAGAAGUAGAGCAGUCAAAUAAAAGGUUAAAGACUGAGAAAAAAACAAUAGAAGAUAUACAAGCCAAAAAGAGAAAGAACUUUGUCGCAGCAUGCGAGAAAGUGUCCUAUGAUGCAUAUUUUGAUCUUUGUGCACGGUUUCGAUUAUUCUAUUUGCCUGCAUGUGCUAAAGGCAAUUGUUUACACCAAGAAUUCAAACAUGGAGGCAACAUAAGGGAAAUUCCAUCAUAUGUUGAAGAAUCAUUUAAAAUUGAAAUGAAAACAAACAUGUGGUAUGAAGCUUUAGAAGUAUGUCAGCUGUGUAUUACUCCAGAGCAAUAUUUGUCACCUAAUGUUCUUAAAGAUAUAGUAGAAAUAAUGCUAAAUGCACAUGAUGACAGCUAUGCUGGCUACACUAUAGAAUAUUUAAUAAAUAAAUGUCAAGCAAUUCUAUCACAAAAUUUCAGCAUACAUCCACCAUGCAUGGUUAAAAAUCUUAGAAAAUGUUAUAAUGAUUUUUUAAUGUCUCCUAUACAGCCAAAAGAAAAUACAUUUACUAACAGAUCACAAUUUGAAUGUGAUAAAGGCAUUGUAAAGUAUUGUAUGAACAGGCUAGAGUAUGAAAUAAGUAUAGAAAGUAAAGAUGAACCUCUUAUAAACAAAGAUGAGAACAUUCCAGAAGAAAUGAGGCAAAGUGUUAAAGGUUUACAUUGGAUUAAAGAGAAAUUCGAAAUUUAUGAACUAUUAGACAGAAAUGAGAGAAUUGAAAGGGUUAUGUCUGUUCUAGAAUGUAUCAUAGAACUCUUGCAAUAUGAUUUGGCUAUUUGGCAUUCAAGGUAUACUAAUAAUUUAGGGUCACACAUUAUGCGUUCUCACAAACCUUUGAUGGCCUAUAUUUUGUGGGGAAACAAUAUUCUUUGUACUGGUACAGUGAGUAAUAACUGCAAACAAAUUUUGAGACUAUUUGUGUACAUGGUCCAUCUGGAAUAUCCUAGAGAUUCUUUAAGAAUUAUGACGUCUUGGCUUAAUACAGUUAUUCAAACAUUUUAUUUAUGUGAGAAGAACUCGAACAGUGACUACCCAAACACUGGAAAAUAUUGCAACAAUUUUGCAAAUGAGUUUUAUAAAAUCAUCUCAGUAAUGCCACCGGAAUCGAUUAUUAGAAUAUUAGAAAGGAUACAACCAAAUUACAUGCAAUAUCUUGUGGGUAAUUUGCAUGUACAAAAAUUAUUAUCCUCGCAAUUUGAUGACAUUAUUGUUAAUUUAACAAACUUUGUUACAAAGUCACAAUGGAAACAGUUUCCCCUAAGUGGAACUACAAUAAAUUUAUCAAAAAGACACAACAACAGACCUAAAAGUAGUAAAAACAUUUUGAAUUGUCUUUCAAAAAUGUGUAGAAAUUGGAAAACAUCAUCAAAACACCACAAAAAAAACAGUGAACUAUAUCCUAAAUUUGAUCUAGGUUCUAUCAGUAGGAAUUAUGAAAUUAAUGUCAGUUAUGUUGUUCACACUAUGUACUUAUCACUAGAGGCAUAUUUUGAUGCAUUUAAUGUGGAACUUGUUCAAGAAACUUUAGAUAGUUUGAAUAAACAAAUACUUAAUAACACUGAUACUAAUGCACAGGUUACAAACUUCAGCUCGUUUAGUGUCACUGAACAUUUUAUAAAAAAAUAUAGAUCCAUAUUUCAGAAACUACAGGAAUUUAUAUUAAUAUUACAUAAUACAAAGACCACCAAAGAACUGCCUGAGGUUCUAAAAGUAUUUGAGAAAAUAGGAUUAUUAAGUUUAUAACCUUUUAUUUAUUUAAUUUGGAUUACAUCCAUAUUGUGUUAGUAAACUACUUAUAAAGUAUGUUCUUAUAAACUUUUAAACCUAUUUUUUUUUAUUUAAUCUAAUUUAAAACAGUAGUGCAUAGGGUGAAAGAAUAAGGCAGAUAUUGAAUACUAUAGAAAAUACAUAGAUGAGAGAAAAUGUUAGGAUAUUUGAUACGACAGGAUAAUUUUUAUGAAAAUUACUAUUGAGGGAAAAAUAGAAGGAAAGAGAGGGAGGGGAAGGUCAAGCAAAUUAAAGAUAUAAUUGUAGUUGUGGCGUUUCAAUAUUUAAAGAGCAUGACGUAAGAUCGUGGAAGGUGGCAUGAGCUCCACCGACAAGAGUGUGGCUCUUAAAUUUAGAAUGAAUGAAAAAUAGAUG